GAACCUUGAGCGCGCGGAACCUCGGUGCCGGAGCAGGGGCGCGGCGGACCGGCAGCGCGAUGGAGCAGACGUGCUGGCCGCGGGCUGAGGCCGACGCGCCGGGGGAGGAGGAGGCGGGGGCGGCUAUGGCUGCCGUGGCGGCGGCAGGUGGUACGGGCCCGGCCGUGUUGCAGGUGGCUGGUCUGUACCGGGGGCUGUGCGCCGUGCGCACCCGCGCCCUAGGCCUGGGGCUCGUGUCCCCCGCGCAGUUGCGCGUGUUCCCGGUGCGCCGCGGCUCGGGCGGCCCCGCGGGGGGCGCCGACGGCAGCGGGGUUGGAGCCGAGCUCGAAGCCAACCCCUUCUACGACCGCUACCGAGACAAGAUCCAGCAGCUGCGCAGGUCUGACCCAGCUGCUUUUGAAUCCCGACUGGAAAAGCGCAUUGAGUUUCGGAAGCAGCCAGUGGGGCACUCCAGGCAAGGUGACUUUAUCAAAUGUGUAGAACAGAAGACAGAUGCCCUGGGGAAACAUCCUGUGAGCAGAGGAUUCACUAAGGGCAAGACUCUCAGUUCAAUCUUUAACAUUGAGAUGGUGAAAGACAAAACUGCAGAAGAAGUAAGACAGAUUUGGCAGCAGUAUUUUGCAGCAAAAGAUACGGUCUAUGCAGUUAUUCCUAAAGAGAAGUUUGACUUGAUCUGGUCCCGGGCUCAGUCCUGUCCAACAUUUCUCUGUGCACUACCAAGAAGGGAAGGUUAUGAGUUCUUUGUAGGACAAUGGACAGGUACUGAACUCCACUUCACUGCACUUAUAAAUAUUCAGACCCGAGGGGAUGCUGCAACCAGCCAGCUGGUUUUAUAUCACUACCCUGAACUUAAGGAAGAAAAGGGCAUAGUGCUGAUGACAGCAGAAAUGGAUCCCACAUUUCUGAAUGUUGCUGAGGCACAGUGCAUUGCCAACCAAGUUCAGCUGUUCUAUGCCACCGACCGGAAGGAGACCUACGGGUUAGUGGAGACCUUUAACUUCAGACCAAAUGAGUUCAAGUACAUGUCUGUCAUUGCUGAAUUGGAGCAGAGUGGACUUGGAGCAGAACUGAAAUGUGCCCAGAACCAGAAUAAGACUUAGAGCUAUGAGGGCUGGCUUACAGAGUCUGCUUAGCCCUGAUAGUUUUCUGCAGCCCACCUGGCCCCUUGAACUUUUGGGAGCUUAGCAGCUAUAAGGAGCAAUCUCUGAUGGGUUGCCUUGUAUGCUUAUCACAAGAAGUAAUCGUGGAGGUGAGCCCUAUUGCUUGAUAUUCUGGAAUAAAUGUACCCAAACAUUCUGAUAAUUAUAUCCCAGGAUACUUAAGCCUUCCUUUUUAAGUGUUUGAGGUCAUAACCAGAGAGAGCUAAGGAUCCACAGGAUGGUGACUUUACACAGUAUAAUUGUGCUGUGUAUCCCUUCGACCUCAUAGCUCCCAAAUGAUUAGUUCUUCAUAUUUAUAAAUUUGUGGCAGGAUAGUAAGCUUGAAGACCUGCUAUAAUUUGAUGUGGGCUUUGCAUACUCUUCCUGUGUGCCCCUUGGCUGGCCAAAGGUAUAGCCCAAAUAUCCUGUUUAGACUCUAGAAUGACCAGAUAUUGCCAUCAGGAUUCAGACUUCAUCUAGAUGUCUCCAGAGUUGCCUUUCAUGGAGCUGGUUUGGAGGGUCAGUAGAUUUCAGGUAUAGUGAAACACACAAGUACAGUGCCUGCGCAUUUCUAAACCAUAGUUUGUUAUACCUGCUCCUCUAACUUUGCCUAUUAGAAGCUGUGUAUCUGGAGAGGGUGAAUCAGCGCAGUGUAAAUAAAUCAACACUUUUGAAAGGAGAGGAACCAUCCCGAUUUGCAUGUUGUGUUUUAUUUAAUGUGUUUUAAACAACUCUAAGCCAUGCCAGUACUAUAUGAAAAAGUAAGUGGAAGCAAAUGUCCCCAUAUUGGGUAUGGGGAAAAUGUAGCAAUAAAAUAAAGUCUGGCUUACAGUCUUUUUACACCAAACAGUGAGAUCUAACCUAUGUGCUAUCCUUGGUGUCAGUGUAAAUCUCAUCUUUGGACUCAGCAGUUGCUUGAAAUGCGAAAAAUAAGAAAGGUAUUCUCCAGCACUGGAAACUCACAUUUGGUUUGUAGUGUCACUGCUGUGGCUCCAGGCUCAGCACUAGAAGAAGGCAGUGGUUACACACCAGCCUUCUGAAUCUGAGGUCCCGGGGCCCCCAGUAUUGUUGUCAGUGCCCUUUACUAUGUGUUUCCUUUUCUUGACCUGGCGUGCCCCACUUUGCUGCUCCUGCCUGAGGUCUGCUUGUGUGACCCCGAAUUGGUAAGUGGGAAGGUAACCAGUACUUGCAGCCUGUGUGUUUGUGUAUUUUCUUUAUUAUAGAAGUUUGCUUAUAGGUUGGACCUGUCCCCAAGCUCUUUAGAUGGGCUUGGACUUUGCAUUAUUUUCUGAGCUGUGUUUAUUUUGUCAUACUUCUGAGUCUGCAUAGAAAGAGAUAUUGUUUGUUUAACCUGGAAUUGCUGCUACCCUUUCACAGUUUCUCUAAAGGCUGAACUGUUCUAAUGCAAAUUCUGCCUGCCUCUAUCUAAAGGCUGAACUGUUCCUAAUGCAAAUUCUGGACCUGCCUCUAGUUCUGACAGUUCAUUUUUUGAGAAACUUGAGUCUGGAUGUUUUGAUCUUUGACAUUGGGUGGAGUUGCCUUUGUGGGUAUCCGGUUAUGUUUGCCUUUCCCUUCAGAUAGACCCAGUUCUUGGCCAUAGUACAUUUUAUAACAUCUCCACCAGAGGUUCAAAAGAGAUAAGAAUUGGCUGCUCAUUCCUCCCAGCUUUGCCCUAGAUCCCCACUUGCCAGAAAGGGAUAUAUACAUGGACAGUUACAUUGGACAUGAUCAAAAUGCCAUCUGGCUGUUCUCUAUAUUUACGUGGUGCAAUCUAACAAAGAACAAAAGAAAAUUGUUAACAGUCAGUAAAUUGUACCCAGGUGCAACAUGAUAUAGAAAGUGGACAAGCUUGAGUUAAAUGAAUCUGGGUUCAGAUGUCAGUGUUGGGUUUCAUUGGCUGUAUGCUGUUGAACAAAUUACUUAAACCCUCUGAUUCUGUUUCUCUAUCUAUAAAAUGUAUAAUAUCUACCUCAUAGGAUUAUUGUGAGAAUUAAAUAGGCUUAUACAUACACUAUGGUAGAGCUUAAUAAAUGUAAACACCCUUCUUUUUUUCUAAUCCCCCUCCUCUCUUUAAAGACCAACACAAAUUAGCAUUUCAAACAUGCAGAUCAUUCUUCAUUGCCAUGGCAAGAGCAAACCUUAUCUCACAAGUUCUCAAACUUUAAAUUGCAGUAGAAUUACCUAGAGCACUUUAAAAUGCAUAUUCUCCUGUCCCUCAACCUACUGGAUCAUAAUCUUUGCCAGAGGUGCUGGGAAUCUGCAUUUAAUAUGUGCUCCAGAUGAUUCAAGUGUGGGUCAUUCACCAGUCACAGGUUGAGAACCAUUGCCUUGUCUGUUCGUCCCGAAAAAUCUCCCAUUAGCCAGAUCUUUCUUUCCUGUGGACAUUAGACUUACGAUUGGUUCCUUUGCUCUUGCCCCCCAUAGUGUUCUCCCUUUGCAUACUUUCCAGUAUAAGUAUGUAUGUAUGUAUCUUUUUCCCCCACUAGACUGUGAGCUCCUUGAGGGCCAGGGUUUAUCUCCAUUCCCAGUGCCAAGGACAUGGCCUGGAACAUAGAAGAUACUCAGUUGUUUGUUGACUAAAUAAAUGACAUGGAUUUUAGCCAAAACAUUA